AUGAGCCCAGUUUUUCCCUUUCAGUUUGGGAAGUGGUUUCUUUUAAACUUGGCUUCCGGUGGAGCAGCUGGAGCAACUUCGCUGUGUGUCGUUUAUCCAUUAGAUUUUGCUCGAACUCGAUUAGGUGCUGAUAUUGGAAAAGGUCCUGAAGAACGACAGUUUAAAGGCCUCUUUGACUGUAUUUUUAAAAUUGCGAAAGCAGAUGGGCCUCGUGGCCUAUACCAAGGAUUUGGUGUUUCAGUACAAGGAAUAAUUGUGUACCGAGCAUCCUAUUUUGGAUGUUAUGACACCAUAAAAGGAUUACUGCCAAAUCCAAAAGAUACUCCAUUCAUUGUAUCUUUUGCAAUUGCUCAAACUGUGACGGUAUUUUCUGGGAUACUGUCAUACCCCUUUGACACUGUCAGAAGACGUAUGAUGAUGCAGAGUGGUGAGGCUGAGCGGCAGUACAAAGGAACCAUUGACUGCUUCAUCAAGAUAUACCAACACGAAGGGAUUCAAGCCUUCUUUCGGGGAGCCUUCUCAAAUGUUCUUCGUGGGACAGGAGGUGCUCUGGUGCUGGUCCUGUAUGACAGAAUUAAGGAUUUUUUUCACAUUGAUGUUUCAUCGGGCUCCUCGUCUGAAUAA